AGGUGCCAGCAGAAAGGUCCCCCCGCAGGCGGAGUAUCUCAGGAACCAGCACAUCUGAGAAACCGAACUCUAUGGACACUGCAAAUACCUCACCCUUCAAAGUCCCAGGAUUCUUCAGCAAGCGCCUCAAAGGCUCCAUCAAGAGGACCAAAAGCCAGUCAAAGCUUGACAGAAACACGAGCUUUCGGCUUCCAUCCCUUCGCAAUACAGAUGACAGGUCUCGUGGGCUGCCUAAGCUAAAAGAGUCCCGUUCCCACGAAUCCUUGCUGAGCCCCUGCAGUGCGGUGGAAUGUCUGGAUCUCGGUAGAGGGGAGCCCGUAUCAGUGAAACCUCUCCAUAGUAGCAUCCUUGGACAGUUACCUACUUAAGUGGAAGUAAAUGCUUCAGCUGUAACUCUGCUUCAGAGAGAGAUAAGUGGAUGGAAAACCUUCGCAGGACAGUUCAACCAAAUAAGGACAACUGCAGACGAGCUGAAAAUGUUCUCCGUUUAUGGAUCAUUGAAGCCAAGGACCUUGCCCCUAAAAAGAAAUAUUUCUGUGAACUGUGCCUUGAUGAUACCCUUUUUGCUCGUACAACCAGCAAGACCAAAGCAGACAAUAUUUUCUGGGGUGAACAUUUUGAAUUCUACAGCCUUCCACCUCUUCAUAGCAUCACAGUUCACAUUUAUAAGGAUGUGGAAAAAAAGAAAAAAAAGGACAAGAAUAAUUACGUAGGCCUAGUCAACAUCCCCACUGCCAGUGUGACUGGUCGCCAGUUUGUGGAGAAGUGGUAUCCAGUGAGUACACCUACACCCAACAAAGGAAAGACAGGAGGCCCUUCUAUUCGGAUUAAAUCGCGUUUCCAAACUAUCACCAUUCUGCCUAUGGAGCAAUACAAAGAAUUUGCAGAAUUUGUCACCAGCAACUACACCAUGUUGUGUUCUGUCCUUGAGCCAGUGAUUAGUGUGAGAAAUAAAGAGGAGUUGGCUUGUGCCCUAGUGCACAUUCUUCAGAGUACUGGCAGAGCCAAGGAUUUUCUGACUGACCUGGUGAUGUCAGAGGUGGACCGUUGUGGAGAGCAUGAUGUCUUGAUCUUCAGAGAAAACACCAUUGCCACCAAGUCCAUUGAAGAGUACCUCAAGUUGGUGGGACAGCAGUAUCUUCAUGAUGCACUGGGGGAGUUCAUCAAAGCUUUAUAUGAGUCAGAUGAGAACUGUGAAGUGGACCCCAGCAAAUGUUCAUCGAGUGAACUGAUAGACCAUCAGAGCAACCUGAAAAUGUGCUGUGAGCUGGCUUUCUGCAAGAUCAUCAACUCUUACUGUGUUUUCCCUCGUGAGCUGAAAGAAGUGUUUGCAUCAUGGAAGCAGCAGUGCCUGAACCGCGGCAAGCAAGACAUUAGCGAGCGACUCAUUAGUGCCUCAUUGUUUCUCCGUUUUCUGUGCCCCGCCAUUAUGUCACCCAGUCUUUUCAACCUUAUGCAGGAAUAUCCUGAUGACCGCACGUCCCGGACUCUAACUCUCAUUGCCAAGGUCAUUCAGAACCUGGCCAACUUUGCCAAGUUUGGUAACAAAGAAGAAUACAUGGCAUUCAUGAAUGAUUUUUUAGAACAUGAAUGGGGUGGAAUGAAACGCUUUCUUUUGGAGAUCUCUAAUCCAGAUACCAUCUCAAACACCCCAGGUUUCGAUGGUUACAUAGAUCUGGGCCGAGAACUUUCAGUUCUGCAUUCCUUACUGUGGGAAGUAGUUUCCCAGCUUGAUAAGGGUGAAAAUUCCUUCCUACAGGCAACCGUGGCAAAAUUGGGGCCUCUCCCCCGUGUUCUUGCUGAUAUUACCAAGUCUCUGACUAAUCCUACGCCAAUACAACAGCAACUGAGACGCUUCACUGAGCAUAACUCCAGUCCAAAUGUCAGUGGAAGUCUCUCCUCUGGACUGCAGAAAAUAUUUGAAGACCCCAUUGACAGUGAUUUGCAUAAGCUAAAAUCUCCAAGCCAGGACAACACAGACAGCUAUUUCCGGGGGAAAACAUUAUUGCUGGUUCAGCAAGCCUCCUCCCAGAGCAUGACUUAUUCUGAAAAGGAUGAAAAGGAAAGUAGCCUUCCCAAUGGUCGGAGCAUCUCCCUCAUGGACCUUCAGGACACUCAUGCUGCCCACGUGGAGCAUGCCUCUGUCGUGCUGGACGUGCCUCUGCGCCUGACCGGAAGCCAGCUCUCCAUAACCCAGGUGGCCAGCAUCAAACAACUACGGGAAACCCAGAGCACACCCCAGAGUGCACCACAAGUGAGAAGGCCCCUGCAUCCUGCCUUGAACCAGCCAGGCAAUCUCCAACCCUUGUCAUUCCAGAACCCCGUCUAUCACCUCAAUAAUCCAAUUCCAGCAAUGCCAAAGGCCUCUGUGGAUUCCAGUUUGGAGAACCUAAGCACUGCCAGUUCCAGAAGCCAAAGUAACAGUGAAGAUUUCAAACUCAGCGGACCCAGCAAUAGCAGCAUGGAGGACUUCACCAAACGUAGCACUCAGAGUGAGGACUUCUCCAGGCGGCACACAGUGCCAGACCGACACAUACCUCUCGCUCUGCCACGACAGAAUAGUACUGGGCAGGCCCAGAUCCGAAAGAUGGACCCUACUGGGUUAGGUGCCCGAGCCAAAGCCCCGCCAUCCCUGCCACACAGUGCUUCCUUGCGCAGUACCGGGAGCAUGUCAGUGGCAUCGGCAGCCCUGGUGGCUGAACCAGUGCAGAAUGGGAGCCGAUCCCGGCAGCAGUCUUCUUCCUCCAGAGAAAGCCCUGUUCCCAAAGUGAGAGCAAUCCAGAGACAACAGACACAGCAGGUUCAAUCACCUGUGGACUCUGCCACAAUGUCCCCAGUAGAAAGGACAGCAGCCUGGGUUUUGAACAAUGGGCAAUAUGAAGAGGAUGUAGAAGAAACUGAGCAAAAUCAAGAUGAAGCCAAGCAUGCUGAAAAGUACGAACAAGAAAUCACUAAACUGAAGGAGCGCCUGCGUGCAUCCAGCCGACGGCUGGAGGAGUACGAGCGCCGGUUGCUGGUGCAGGAGCAGCAGAUGCAGAAGCUGCUGCUGGAGUACAAGACCCGGCUGGAGGACAGUGAGGAGCGGCUCCGCAGGCAGCAGGAGGAGAAAGACAGUCAGAUGAAGAGCAUCAUCAGCAGGCUAAUGGCUGUGGAAGAGGAAUUGAAGAAGGAUCAUGCUGAAAUGCAAGCAGUUAUUGAUGCAAAGCAGAAGAUAAUUGAUGCACAGGAAAAGCGGAUCAUGUCCCUGGAUUCGGCCAACACCAGGCUGAUGAGCGCGCUGACCCAGGUGAAGGAGCGGUACAGCAUGCAGGCCCGCAACGGCCUCUCGCCCACCAACCCCACCAAGCUUUCCAUCACGGAGAAUGGUGAAUUCAAGAACAGCAGCUGCUGACGGGCCUGACGGCUAGCCACACUGUGGAAGGAGGCGGAAGGAAGUGGAAGGCUCUCCUGUCCUCAGCUCUUUACCCAGCCUCUUCCAGGUUUACAGGACGUUGCUACUUCACAGUGGCAAUGUGGUGAGAAACUCUUGAGGGAAGAAAGGAACCUCGUCUUUCAGGGCACACGGCGAGCACAUGGCAAAGACUUUCAAGGUUGAUGCUUCCCCCCGUGUCUCUGUGUACAUAGGGAACUUAGUUCUGGGCCAUGUACAGAAAAUACAGCUGUAAUAUACCAGAAGGAAGUGAAUAAUGUAGAUUACCUUUUUAAUUAUUGCUAUUUUUAUUAUUAUUGUUUUCCUCUUGUUGGAAGCACUGCAGUUAGAGGAGAAGUAGGAAUUAUGUGUGAGUGAGGAACGUGCCUGUGGUUCAGUAGGUAGAGCCCAAGUGUCCGUCUGGUAGAAGUACAGGGAGUGCGUAGGACAUCGUCAGAACGCAUUUUUCAGGGAUUCACCUGCCAGUUUGAAACCCCACUCUGGCCCCCUUUGCCCUUUAGGGAAACAUGCAAUAUCAAGACCUAUAUGAAACCGUAAUUCAUCCCACUGAUCAAUCAAAACUGGUUCUGGUCGGACAGCUAAUCUUAUUUAGGGAUUCGCUGUUUCAGAAGACACAGAUAAAAGCUGUUGCAUCAAAACUGGACUUGAGGAAGAGUGAUUUCUAUUGAACUCUUGUCAACAUGUUCCCUCCUCCGUCUCUAGCAGAUGAACAUUUUCUGUUUUAGAUAGGGGGCUUAUUUUUCAACCCCAGUUGUAAUAAAGGGUGUUCUUUUCCUCUUAAGAGUUUACAAAACUGUAACAAUGUGUCUGUACAUACCAUCUUCAUCUUCACACAUUCACUGCCCUUUCCUCCCCAUGGUGGGAGUAAUCAGCACCAACAGGGUUUCCUCUCCCCAGCGGGGUUAUUCAGAAUGCUGUCCAUAAGCCACCCAAAGCCAACACCCUUUCUUCCACACCGUAAAGGGCUAACCUUACCAUGGCAGGAAUCUCUGAAUGUUCCCUAUUUAAAAAUUUUUCUACUUGUAAGUUAUCAUUUUAUUUGGCUUAAAAAAUUUAUCCAUUUUACUAACAAAACUAUGGGCAGGGUAAUUUUAUCUCCAUCUUUAACUUUUAGGUUGCUGCUUCUUCCUCUUAGCCCCUCAGUGACAUUUGGAAAGGAAAUCGUUAUUAUCAUGUUCUUAGUAGCUUUAGCAAUAAUGGCCCAGUUUCAGCAAUUGUCAUCCAUGACUUGUAGGACAGAAAAAAGUCAUAGAAACAGGUGUAUUUCCUUUUUCCAGAGGUGUGAAAUGUUACCUCGAAUGCAACAUUGAAUAUCAGAAGUGUGGAAUGUUUCAUUAAUUUAUUCAUUAUAAAAAACCUUAUAUAUAAAAAAUAUAUAUACAUAUAUAUUCACACAUAUGUACAUAUAACUACACAAAUAGGAAAAGUUCAUGCCUUCUGUGUUGUCAGAUAAAAUGUUAAAAGGGUCUUGAAUCUCUUUAAGCAAGAUCUAAGCAGUAAUUUAUAUUGAGAAAGCAACAAGGUUUCUCAAGUAAGUUGAUGUCUAUUUUAAAUGAUAAUGGAAGGAAAUGUCUUUAGAAGACUGGAGAUGGAACCCCCCCCACCCUCCCCCAACAGGGAACCCCCUGCAUGGAAUGUCUCUGCAUAACAAUCUUCGAGGGAACAGGAAAACAUAUAUGGUGGAUGCCCCUUACAUUCUGAGGCCAGCACCAAGACUCUUGUCCACUAAGUCCCAGACUUGCAUUCCAACCUCUGGAGCUCUUCCCCUCUUGGGUAGAUCAUUGUGUCAGACCUUGCAUUUCAGCAAGGCCCCCUAGCCCCCUGCUUUCUUCCUAACAGUCAGUUUGUGCCAGACAGAGAUCUACACAGUAGCUUCUCACUGUGCUUAUCUGAUCUGCAGGCUUCGUGUCCAGUGGCUCUGGCACUUCUGUAUUUUCUCAAUAUUUAUUUAACAAAUAUUACCUUUUUCCUCAAACUUGAGGGCACACUUUUUCGCCAAAAUCCCUUAAAUUAAUAAGAAAACGAGUUACUGAUUCUGAAGUGGUAUCUAUCCUUUGUUGGAGGAGAGGGAUGUGAAAGAGAAUCUGUCCUUGCUUGUGGCUGUUCUGUGCUGUAGCCAUGUUCGAUCCAGUCUUUGUAAAAGCUUUCAGUUGUGUGCCACAGAAAACCCACAAAUAGGACUGUCAGUUUUGGUGGCCUUAAGUAUGUAAUGUGGGUGAUGUUUUGCAUUAAGGUUUGGAAGCACUCAAGUGUUGCUUAUGGAUUAUAAAAUUACCCAUGUUCUGAAAAUUACCUAUGUUGGAAAUUGAGGAGACGCUUAAAAAUCAAAUGUGUUUUUGAUGAAUGCAAUAUACAUCUCACUUUGUUGUGGGAGCUCCUUUGAGGGCUGUCUCCAUGAGAAGAUUAAAUGCCUCCAAAUAGUUGGAAAAAUUAUGCAACCCUCUACUAUCAGGUUCUCUUGAAUGAAAAGAAAAAAUAGUAAUGAAAGGAUUAGAAGUAAGCUCCAGGUUAAGUUGUUGCCAGAUGUUAAAUUUUAGAUUGUCCAUCGAACCUUUUCCUAUUCAAAUUUUUUUUUUUCUGAGUGUUUCUUUAGAGAAUGCUAUAAUCUAUAGAACUUAUCAUGGAGGUUUCUUUUUUUUAACUUUGGAAAAAUGCAGCAAUAGAUGAUCAUUUUUAUAGCGGUGUUUAAUUGGCUUGUCUUUGACACAAAUAGGCACAGACCUCUGUGUCACGUGGUUGAGGAAAAGCAGAUAGAUUCAGAUAGGCAUGUCUUACACGUGUUUCCCUCAUUGUGGAGUUCAGGAUAGGCAGGGUGGAGUGGAGUUUGAAAUUCAGGGGGAAGUACUGUCAAAGUGUUUGUCUAGCUGGCCACUGGACUUAGCCAUUAACCAGGACGGUAUUGGUAAGAUUCAGGAAAAGAGCUUCAUAUAUUUGCUGUUUAUGUUACUGGAGCAAUAAGCUUUCUGCGGAGAAGCAGCAGAGAGGGUUCCCCUUCCAUCAGGUCAUUGCAGUCUCUGAGUCUCUGCAGUAAAAGCCAUGAGGGGAGGAUCUGAAUGGGCACCUGUUCAUAGAACAGCCCUGGAGAGCUUGCUGUGUCCCAGGCACUUUCACCAAGGGGCUGCUUGGGUCAAGAGCAGUCUCUCCUUAGGGGGCAUGCGGUCAAAUGAGGUCGUCAUGCUACUGCAGCUUUGUGCUUUUUUUCACUUAGUAUCUAGCUGGUCAGAAUUACUUUCUCUGGUCUGCCUCCUCCUUUCUCUAUAGUGGUGAAAGAAAGAUACCAGUUCCUUUCUGAAACUAUCAGCAUUACCUACAUGCCCUUGAGAAUCAGCCUAACUUUAGGAGUACACUUUCAGAUCCUGGUCUACUCACAGCCUCUGUUUAUGGCUCUGUGGCUCUACAGAGCCCUGGCUCUGACCCCGUCCUCAGAGGUACACUGGUUGGGGAGCAGAGUUCUUUUUGGGAAAUUCUAGAGGACAAUUGCCAUCAAGCGAGUUUGCUUUCGUAUUCAUUUGGCCUCCGUCUAGGUUUAGUGCUUGUUAUCUCCAGUGUGGAGUUCAAGAAGCUGGUCAUGGGGCUGAGCUUGGGGAAGGAAGGAACCCUCUUCAAGAUUACCUCAGUCCUGGGAGUCCACUCCAUUAUGACUCUGAGUCCUACUCAGGCUUGACACCAGAGUAGACUUGUCACUGUGCCAGACCCAACCGCUCCAGAGGCCAUACUCAUUUUCACUGCGUUUCCAGCUACCCUUUUGGGGGCUACCUUCUCCUACAGAUGUGGAAAGCCAAAAGAUCUUUCUCUGUCUUCCUCCCCUUUCCAAGUCUGGUAAUGAAAUCUUCUGCUUGCCUUAGCAUGAGUGGUUACCCUCCCGCCCCGGAACUAGGGCCCAGAACCCGGGAUACUUUGUGUUUCAUCACUAUGUCAAUUGAAAGGGACUUAUUUUACUAGUUUCUUAAAAGCAAGAGAUGUUGGGGUGUUGAAUUUUUUUCAAUAGAAUCUCCCUGUGUGUUGGAAUGAUUGUUAUCAGUUGUGGAAGCAUUCUUUCGUUGGCAUUAUUCAGUUAUGAAUGCUCUUGAGUUUAGGAAGGACAAAGGUGAAGAAAUGUGAAUGAGAUAGAAUAUAUAUAAAGAAGACCCAUGCCUGGCAGUCUUCUCAGUAGCCCAGUGGUUCAAAGAAACAGGAGGACUUAGAUCCCUUGCCCACUCUUCAAAUACACAGAUAGGGAAAGGAAAUUUCUGUCAACAACACAUACACACCCACAUAAAACACACCAUUCCUAGGGCUUUCUUUUUAUGAAUGUUCAUCUAUUUUAUAGAGCAAUAGUUCCCGAACUCUCUUGAGUUUUUAGGUGGUUAGGUUUUAUGACAGUCACUCUAUCCUCUUUUAAAAUGUACUAUAUAUGUGUUAUAUGUAUAUAUAAGUUAAAGUGACUUGAAAUCGAUUUGGUUGACAUUGUCUCAAGAACAGUAUCACAGCUGAUACCAUGGGGAGUCACAGGAGGUUGCACACCACCCAUCUGAGGGGAGGAUCCAGGAAGAAGUAGCUUUGAUUCUGAUCGGUUCAUCCUCAGGUGUUUCAGCAAACUACCCAGCAAGACUUGGCACAAGCCAAGGAUGGGAGAAUGGCCUUUUCUGCCCACAUCUCAGCAUGCAUUUUAAUUUCCUAAUCAGUUGUUAUUUGUCCUCAUUUGUCCCUAGGAAAUGUUUUAGUUUAAGACUUAACACCAGAUUUAUCUGUUAUCAAGAGAUUUCCCAAGAAACUGUGUUUUAGGGGCCUCCCUCAUCUAUGUGUGGGUGUAAAU